UCCGUUUCCGUGUUAUGUGCGCUCCUUCGACAUUUUACAUUCAUUCAUUUAGUGUGCACACUUAAACAAACACCGUGUAUGUAUUUCCAUUAGAACCAUGUCGACGCAAAUUUCACCUACUAGUAUAGGGAAAGAAGAGUCAUUGUCGCUCGUUGGCCAUAGACAUGCUUGCCAUGUCAUGCUUCACGCUGACACCAAAGCCAAACUGUUUGGAAGAACUCCAAUUAAACACAUUGUACUGAUGCAGAUGCGUUUCGAUGGUUUGCUGGGGUUCCCGGGUGGGUUAGUUGAACCUAAAGAGAAUCUAGAGGUUGGCCUUAGCCGGGAGCUGGGAGAAGAACUGGGGAUGGCUGUCCCCAUAACUCCUCAAGAUCAUGUGGUGUCCUGUCCCGCUCCAUCGUGUCCCAAUCUCAUCACUCACUUUUAUGUGAAGAAGAUGGAAGAGUCAGAGAUCAAGGAAGUGGAGAGAGCUGCUGUAACUAUGGCAACAGACCAUGGAUUAGAGGUCAUGGGGAUGGUUCGAGUCCCCCUCUACUUCCUGAAGAAUGGUGGAGGUCUUCCCUCAUUCCUGUCACACUCGUUCAUUGGUAACUCUCGCUCCCAGCUGCUGUCUGCCCUGCAGCAGUUUGGUCUGGUGUCCCAGGGGGAGCUGGAUGAGGCCGUCAGACAGGCUGACCAGCUGAGGCAGCGUCCUAAUGCGCAGUGAUGGGGAGGGGGUGCUGUGUCUGCUGUCUGCCCUGUGUGCCUGGGAGUCCACAGGACGAGAUCUGAUUCCAACAUUCUCCAUAGGAGAGACACCUGGCGUCACACUCAGCCUCAAGGACCCCCAUGGCCCCUGUCACCUCCCCUCUACUUCUGCGUCUCUCUCCCAGGGGGCAUUUGGAUGACAGUGGCACGCAUGGCGUGUGUAACAGCUUGUAACAUGUUCUGUACAUCUGUACAUGUCCUUUAGCCAUGUCAUGACAUGGGCUGCCAGACACUUAGAGACAUGACUCUUUGACAUUAGCAGAGGAUGGCGAGAUCACCAUGGUCUCCACAUGAGAGCAUGCACAAGUUUAAUUAUUAUUAAUUUUUUUACAUUUUUUUU